GUCAGAUGGGGGAGGGGCAGGGCGCCGCUUCUGAGUGGAGAGGACGCGGAGUGGGUGAGGGGGCCUCGUGCACAGGGCAAGAGGUGGCAGGUCGGGGCGGGGGACAGGGAGAGCGGAGGAUUUCAGAUGAGGGACAGGGGGAAGGUGGGGAGGGGAGGGCAGGCCCUGCCAGUGGGAGGAGCCGCCUCCCGCGUCCAGCUGUCGGGGCUCCCUCCCGUUGCUGCUCCGCUAUAAAACGCAGGCCGGCAGGAUCGCUGCACCCGCGGCGGCCUUCUCGGUGCGCGACCCCCGGCCCGGAGGCCUCUUUGCUGUCGCGCAACAUGCGGAUGCUGCUGGUGCUCCUGGCCCUGUCCGCGGCGCGGCCAUCGGCCCCUGCAGAGUCACACUGGUGCUACGAAAGUCAAGCCAAUUCCUCCAACGACACCUGCUUGGUACCAGGCAAGUGGGGUGGAAACUGCCAGAAGGACCGCCAGUCCCCCAUCAACAUCGUCACCAGAAAGGCAAAGGUGGACAAAAACCUGGGGCGCUUCUCCUUCUCCGGCUAUGAUAAGAAGCAAACGUGGACGGUCCAAAAUAACGGGCACUCAGUGAUGAUGUUGCUGGGGAACAAGGCCAGCAUUUCUGGAGGAGGACUGCCCGCCCGGUACCAGGCCACACAGUUGCAUCUGCACUGGUCCAACUUUCUAGAUAAGGGCUCUGAGCACAGCCUGGAUGGGGAACACUUUGCCAUGGAGGUGCACAUAGUACAUGAGAAAGAGAAGGGGACAUUGAGGAACGUGAAAGAGGCCCAGGACCCUGAAGACGAGAUCGCGGUGCUGGCCUUUCUGGUGGAGGCUGGACCCCAGGAGAACAAGGGCUUCCGGCCGCUGGUGGAGGCACUGUCUAAUAUCCCCAAACCUGAGAUGAACACCACGAUGGCAGAGAGCAGCCUGCUGGACUUCCUCCCCAAGGAGGAGAAACUGAGGCACUACUUCCGCUACCUGGGCUCUCUCACCACACCGACCUGCGACGAGAAGGUCGUCUGGACCGUGUUUCAGGAGCCUAUUCAGCUUCACAGAGAACAGAUCCUGGCAUUCUCUCAGAAGCUGUACUACGACAAGGACCAGAAACUGAACAUGACGAACAAUGUCAGGCCCCUGCAGCCUGGGCAGCGCGUGGUGCUCAGGUCUGGGGCCCCAGGUCAGCUGCUGCCCCGGGUCCUGCCUGCCCUGCUGGGCCCCACGCUGGCCCGCCUGCUGGCCAGCUUCCUGCGAUGAUGGCUCACUUCUGCACACAGCCUCUUCCAUGCCUCAGCUCUCCAAGUCCUGGGCUUCCAGUCCUUAGGCUUCCCAGGUGGGACUUUAGGCAUGAUUAAAAUAU